GUUUGCUGGCUACUCAGCAGAUAUGCAGCACAGCAUUAGGACUGAUCAUUACCCUGAGAAAACAUCACUUCAAGCUGAGAGCAACAGCUUUGUAAGGCCUAUCCCUAGCAAAACGCAGAGAAUAAGCGAACUCAACAGCUACAGGACACCAGGAGUGCCUGUUACUUGUGCUAAUCUACCCGUGCAAGUGCCUGAGGAUCAUCAAGUUAUCUCUGGUCAUGUUAAGAAGAAAGGUCAAGUGGAUGAUUUCUCCACUCCUGGGACUGACCAGAGACCCACCCGCCCAGGUGGUGUCUCUACAGUGGUGAAGAAAAUGCAAGAGUCUUCAGGGGAUCACCAAUCCGAAAUGGGGGUGUUAGCAGCACCCCCCCUUGAUACCCCUCUGAUGGAACCUCACAUGAGCAUAUCCAUGUCCGCCUUUGAACCAGAGACCAACCCUGGAAAAGAUGCUGAGGCAGUGCCUACCCGACCAUCAUACAAUGAGGCUCUGGAUCUUGCUCUGGUUCCAAAGAAAAGCCCAGCAGUAAUGGAUGGUGCAACAGGGUACAAGAGAGAGGCUACAAGAGAGAAGAUUGCUACCUACAAAAGAGAUGAAGAGUCCCCAAAUCUUAAAUCUAACAUGGCUCAAGGUCAGGUGGAAGGCCUCCCUGACCUUGAGGAAGGCCUCCCUCUUCCUGUCACCCAAGGACUUCCUGUCACCAAGUGUGUGAGUGAACAAGCUCCUCGUCAACGAAAGAAAACAACCUUUUACAGAAGAAGAGGGGCUGGGAUGGAGCAUGUGAAAUAUACUGGUAUAUAUUUUUCCUUUUACUUGCAUUGUUAUGUGUUUGCAGUAGCGGUGCAUGGGUGAAAUCACUGGGGAAGCCAAGGCAUGUAUUUUGAUAAUUGCGUUGUUUUUGCUAUAACCUGUUAGUUCAUAUGCCUUGCGACAGUGAUAUAUAGGCCUAAGGCCAAGACAAUAAGAAGACACAGUGGCAGAAUAAAUUCAACCACACCAUUGUUUGAUCACAAAACCAGAGAGCAACCUCUGUCUGGUGAAGUCCACAAAGCAAGCAUAUCGCAUGUAGCAAACAGUUACAUGGCCUACAGCAUGGUCAAGCAAGUUCAUGUUUCAGACAUUUUCUGACCACUAAACAACUAUUGAUUUAGAACCCCGGAGAGUCGCAAAGAAAACAGGAGCUGCCUCCCACUAUUCCAGCACCAUUUCAACCUCAUCAAAUCACCUAUGUUUAGUCUAAUACAGUGACAACUAAAAUAUACCAAAAACUAUUUAGUCCAAUCAACGUAAGCUAAAUGUCAUGUGGCUGUCAAUAGUUCUGUGUAUGUGUGUGCACGCGAGGGUGUGCGUUUGUGCAAGUAGAAAAAUACAUGUUGACUCACCCUACUUGUAGAGAAAACACCAAUGCCAUCCUCCUCUCUUUCAUGUUGAUGAAACAGUCUAUCACUCUGUCAUACAGUACACUGUGUGUUUGCAGUACUUCUGAUACUUUUACAAUUCAUUCAUUUUCUAUUCCAGCCAUUUUUGUGGGAAUCAAUAACUUUGAACAAAAUAGGUGCUUUUGGUGCUUGUUACAACAAUGAAAACAAAAAAUAACUAUAAUUUCCUGUGUUUCCAGUGUUUCUUCAGUUCCUAAUCAUCAGUGCACUAAUUCAAGACUCUGAUGGUGAGCUCUGCCCUUUUUGUCUGUUUGCUCUUUAAAUGUUUUGAGAUUGUUUUUGCAAUGAAAAGCUCUAUAUGUUCUGCUUUAUGUUUAGAUUGUUAGAGCAGCCAGUCAUGUAAUGAGCUCUACUUGGCAGACACACAUGCAGGAAGUGGAACACUCUCUCUCAGGAACACUUCUGUAAGUGAGGCUGUGUGUUCAGUUUAAACCAGUAGAGACAUUCUCUUUCACACUGUUUCACUCGGCCUCACUCACUCUCUCCCUCUCUUUCACUGUCUCUUUCCUUCUCUCUCUCUCAUUCCCACCCUGUGUGAGAUAUGUAUUGUUUUAAACAACUUUUAGUUGUGUGGCAUUUUACUAUUAUUUUCGGAUCCAUCAAUAAAAAUGUCAAGUUAAAUCCAUCUAUAUGAUCAACCUGCUCAGGAAAAUGUAAUAUUACAAAUGUGUUCAUUUUAAUGCUCCUACUUGCUGCCUUUGUGUUCAUCCAUGCCUCCUUUUCUCAGGAAGCUGUUCAGCCUGCAAUCAAGACGGAUGUGCAAAAGUGCAGACAAUAUAUGGAUCGAAUGACACCAUAUUGUAUCAGAGAAGUAACCACAUGGAAAAGCUCACAAGUUGUUCCACCACCGCUGCACCACCGCCUCCGAGUCAGAGAUGCAAUUUAUGUCUUGCUGAUACCAGAGCUACGAUCCUCUUUUGCUCAGACAGCGGGGAAGCAGCUGGGCUGCUCGACUGGGAGGUUGAUGGCAUCCGAUUGAAAAACAUCUCUGUGGUUGGUAAGUAUAACUUAUGGCUGAAGUAAGACUCAAUAGUGAAUUAAACAAUGUGACAAAACAGACUGAUAUAACAUUACUAUUCAACAGUCAGGGUGGGAAAUGUAUCUUCACAGUAGUAUAUUGUCUUUUGUUGUCAAAAUGUGAUUUGUUCUUCCAUAACUAAGUAAUUUAAAUACUUAAAUACCCUUCCCUCGAAGGAUGUUUAUAAUCAUGAACUGUUUUAAUGACAGACUGCCCAGCCAUGAAGACUGUUCCUGGUGCAACAGGUAAACAUCUACUAAAACACUGAUGUUAGAAAAUAGAAAGUUAUAUAUUCACAUAUACGAUAUAAGAUUCACCUAUAAGAUUAAUACCAUAUUUCUAAAUCAAAUAUGAUUUUGUAUCCCCUAAGACCAGCCCUGCUGGGAUUUCUGGUACCCUCAGCCCUGGCGGGAUUGCUGGUAUCCUCAGCCUUGUUGGGAUUGCUGGUAUGGUAUGUAUCUAGGUACCAGUAGUGUUUAUUUCUAUUUUACAUGUUUGGUGUUUUUUUAUGAAUUGAAUAAACACAAAUUACUUUCUCUUUUUUUUUCUUCUUCAAAGGCUAGUGUUGGGAAUGUCAAGUACUUUUAAGUUUGAAAAUAUGUUUAUCCUUCCAUAGUGGUCUGCUGUGCUGGGAUUGGCCUCCACCGUAAUCGCAAGAUGAAACGGUAUGUACACAGUUAAGACCAAUAGUUUAAGAGUCCUCUUAUCCAGAUUUUAUAACUUCUUUAAAACAGAUUAAAUUAUAUCAAGUUAUAAUUAGGUUGGCUAUUCUCUAUGUUAUAUCAUAAUCUAACCACAACAUUCUAUACAAUAAAAUGCAAAUGUAUUUAUAAAAAAUAGCUACAUUAUAUAAAAUAGCUACAACCAAUAAAAUUGCUAAACUUUUAUGGCUCAAUGUUAUUUUCUCUCUCCCCUGUUUGUGUUUUUUACAGCGAUCGUCAGGAGAGGAGGUAGGUUUGGUAAAAUGUGUCCCCCAACCCUCCAGUGAUGGGUAAGACAGCUAUCAACAACAUAUAAACGUUUAUUCUUCUUGGCCUAAGUAAGGGUUUUGAUCCAUGUCAAUUUCUUUCUAUAGGCCUGAAGCUCUGGAGAUGAUGACAGAAGUGUGAGGACCAUGCAGUCGAGCAUUAGGGAGAGGACCAGUGGAGCAUUUGGGAGAGGAAAAGUGAAGCAUUCUACAUUAACCUUAGUCUCAUACAUAAAAAAUAUCCUUGUUUAGUUAUUUACAAUAUGCCACAGUUACGUAUUUGCAUGCUUAAUCUAACAAACAAUUAUAUUGGAUAGCAAACUAAUCAUGUAAUUUGAGCUCAGUGUAUUUUAAACCCUGUCAAUUGUAGUUCUAUACAGCUGCCCACUGGGAGUGAUGCAGCAUAGAGGCAUGGUGGAUCCUGUUUGUUCAAAGUAUGGUUGCUGUUUGAUGAUAGCACAUGGCUUUGAGAGCUGUAAUUGUUAUCAUUCUAAAGACGGACACCUGCCUUCUGUGCUGCAGCACUUCCUGUGUGAUUUGUUUUGUUUUUCCAAUUUUAACUAUGGUUUUGAACCUGUUACUUUCCAGCCUGUGACAUGUACAGUGCAUUUGGAAAGUGUUCAGACUUUUUCCACAUUUUGUUAGGUUACAGCCUUAUUCUAAAAUUGAUUGAAUAUUUUUUCUCAUCAAUCUACACACAAUACCCCAUAAAGUGAAAACAGGUUUUUUGAAAUUGUUGCUAAUUUAUUACAAAUACAAAACUGAAAUACCUUAUUUACAUAUGUAUUCAGACCCUUUGCGAUGAGACUCGAAAUUGCGGUCAGGUGCAUCCUGUUUCCAUUGAUCAUCCCUGAGAUGUUUCUACAACUUGAUUGGAGUCCACCUGUGGUACAUUUUAAAUUGAUUGGACAUGAUUUGGAAAGGCACACACCUGUUUAUAUAAGGUCCCACAGUUGACAGUGCAUGUCAGAGCAAAAAGCAAGGUCGAGGUCGAAAGAAUUGUCCGUAGAGCUCCAAGCCAGGAUUGUGUCGAGGCACAGAUCUGGGGAAGGGUAACAAAACAUUUCUGCAGCAUUGAAGGUCCCCAAGAACACAGAGGCCUCCAUCAUUCUUAAAUGGAAGAAGUUUGGAACCACCAAGCCUCUUCCUAGAGCUGGCCGCCCGGCCAAACACAGAGUUCCUCUGUGGAGAUGGGAGAACCUUCCAGAAAGACAACCAUCUCUGCAGCACUCCACCAAUCAGUCCUUUAUGGUAGAGUGGCCAGACAGAAGCCACUCCUCAGUAAAAGGCACAUGACGGUCCGCUUGGAGUUUGCCUAAAGGACUCUCGGACCAUGAGAAACAAUAUUCUCUGGUCUGAUGAAACCAAGAUUGAACUCUUUGACCUGAAUGCCAAGGGUCACGUCUGGAGGAAACACGGCACCAUCCCUACGGUGAAGCAUGGUGGUGGCUGCAUCAUGCUGUGGGGAUGUUUUUCAGAGUCAGGGACUGGGAGACUAGUCAGGAUUGAGGGAAAGAUGAACAGAGCAAAGUAGAGAGAGAUCCUUGAUGAAAACCUGCUGUAGAGCGCUCAGGACCUCAGACUGGGGCAAAGGUUCACCUUCCAACAGGACAACGACCCUAAGCACACAGCCAAGACAAUGCAGGAGUGGCUUUGGGACAAGUCUCUGAAUGUCCUUGAGUGGCCCAGCCAGAGCCUGGACUUGAACCCGAUCUAACAUCUCUGGAGAGACCUGAAAAUAGCUGUGCAGCAACGCUCCCCAUCCAACCUGACAGAGCUUGAGAGGAUCUGCAGAGACUAAUGGGAGAAAGUCCCCAAAUACAGGUGUGCCAAGCUUGUAGCGUCAUACCCAAGAAGACUAGAGGCUGUAAUCGCUGCCAAAGAUGCUUCAACUGAGUAAAGGGUCUGAAUACUUAUGUAAAUGUGAUAUUUCCGUUUUUUAUUUGUAAUAAAUUAGCAAUAAAUUCUAAACAGUUUUUGCUUUGUCAUUAUGGGGUAUUGUGUGUAGAUUGAUGAACGAAAAAAAAAAUCCAUUUUAGAAUAAGGCUGUAACAUAACAAAAUGUGGAAAAAGUCAAGGGGUCUGAAUACUUUCCGAAUGCACUGCAUACUGACAUUCAUUAGGUGAGGUAUCUGCUUUUUAACCCCAACUAGUAUGCUAUAUUAGAAUAGGCCUAUUCUCCUUUUGUGGAAAGUUGUGAAUUGAUUUACUAUUGAAUAAAAUAGGACAAAAGUAAAAAAUGUUAUUGUGCUGCCAAUAUUUUAUCACCAUCUACAUAGCCAGGCCCACUGAGCAAAUCUUCAGUGUGAAACCAGAAAAAUUGACUUAUGUAUCUGGAUUACAUUAUUAUGUUCAUUGCAUUGAAAGGGAUCUCUUUAUCUUUCAUAUCUGAUAGUGAUGUGAAAAACCUGAACCUGCUAAAAUAAAGGUACUUUACAGGUAAAGCAUCUGUAUGAAAGGGAUUUAUUAAUAGGAAUCGCAAACAAAACAAUGUGAAACGUGUAGGAUACCAUUGCUAAGGGUAUUCAGAGUGAAAGCUGUCUGUUAAACGAACUUUCUUCAAAGAAAAUGCAACAGUUGAAGUCCACAAAUCAAAUAGAAAUUGAAACCCACAAUUGAAAGCCUGCUUUUACUGGCAUUUCCCGCAUGCGCGCCCACACAGUCCUUACUCCUCAUAGGGUACAUUGCUUAUCAACAAACAAUCCCCAUAAAACAGUUUUACUAGGCCAGCAGCUUGAGAUCGGCACACUGCUGCUGCUGCUUAGUAUAGAGGCAGAGGCAGCAACACCGUCAUUGAAGCUUGAAAAGUAACCAGUUUCGAGCUGGGCCAUACCAACUAUCGCUCCCUUUCGUUUGAUGUGGAAUGGGUGUGUCCCAGGUCACGUUCAAAGUUACAUUAUCAAUGUAGAGGGCGAUUAACUAAAUAAACUGUGUAAUAAAACAAAAAUACAUUUUUACAAUCCAAAUUAUUAUUUUUAAUUACAAAUUUCACAUUAGAACCAGCCAUGUAAUAUUCGUUUUCAAUGGCCACCCCCCAGAAUUCACAUCAAACGUCCCCCUACUGUGCAAGAGGUUUGGCAAUCUCACCUGUCAGGUCCGCCUCCUACACCGUGAGACAAAAUGUCGGAAGUUGGCCUACCUAGUUAAGGAAAAAACAAUUAAUGGUUGCGUUUCUACAAGGUUUCUAAUGGCUUUUCUGCUCCCAUUGAAUUCAUUACGUUACAUGGUUUUUAAAUUGAGACUUCUAUAAAAUAUACUCACUUCGGAUCGGAAAAUGUUCCUGACUUUCGUCGUGACCGUCCUUAUGGCAACAGGUAGGGAGAGGAAAUGCAAUGUUUUUCAAAAGGGAGGGUCAGGGUCCAAUUUGAUCAACAAGUUAGUUACUGAUGUGUAUUUAUUAAUAAACCGCAUCUUUUAAACAGUUCAUAUUAUCUAAUGUAAAUUUUAAUGUCGUAUUCGUUGGGAAAAGUAGCCUUGUGCUGAAUAGUUUAUUUUUAUUUUUUUUAUCGGAAGAGGUAGCCUGAAUCUCUUGUUCCUUCUUUUGUCAGGUGUUGGCCACCAAAUGCCUCAAUCUGUAUGCAUUUGAUCGUUUUAUAUAUGCUAUUCAUCUGUUUGCUUCAUGACGUACACGAAAUACUAUGUUUAUGUAUUUAAAAAAAAAUACUUUUACCGUUUGGUGUAGGCUUUGUAAAAUCAAAUCAAAUUGUAUUUGCCACAUGCGCCGAAUACAACAGGUGUAGACAUUACAGUGAAAUGCUUACUUACAAGCCCUUAACCAACAAUACAAAGUAAAACAAAUAACCAAAAAAAAAGAGCUAAUAACUAAAGAGCAGCAGUAAAAUAAAAUAACAGUAGGGAGGCUAUAUACAGGGGGGUACCAGUGCAGAGUCAAUGUGCGUGGGCACCGGCUAGUCGAGGUAAUUGAGGUAAUACGUACAUGUGGGUAAAUCACCACCAUAAGUAAUAUUGAGUGUUUUUCCUAAAGAAAGAACAUGUAUAAUAUUCUUAUGUAUAUUUCAGAUAAUUAGUGACUUCUUUAUUUAUUAGUUAAAUCACAGAUUUCCGUUUCUCCAGUGGUGGACAACAUUCAUGUCAGAAUGCAAUAAAUUAAGGGAUAGUCGGCACAUACAUUUUUAAGACUGAAUCAUAGUCAAAACUUUUUUAAACUUUCAGAUCAAGUAUUCGUCAUAUCAUUGUUAUUUUCUGUCUCCUGACAUUUUUUGUGCACACACAUAGCCUGGAAUAAGAUGAAGUGGUGUGAUUUUGAUAAUAUCACAUCAAUGAUACUAGUCAGACUACCUCCCUACUCCAAAUAUGAAAUUAAUCUAUAGCUCAACAGAUUUGUUUAUCUAACAGUAAUUCCACAGGGAUGCUACCUUUCUGACAAUUGAAGAGCUGUGAAGCAAACUUCUGAUUGAACCAAGGAACAACAUCUAAUAUGUUCAUGCCAAAUGCCUAUGUCUUCCUUUAUAAAUUUGAUACAAUUUCACCCCCUAUGAAAUAUAUAAUUCAGUCAAAACUGAACUAUUAAAUAAUCUCACAGUCUUAAUCAUGGGGUCAGCAUCUAGGGCUAGGCUAUUACUCAAAUGUAAAGUUUUGGUGAUGGAACAUGCCCAGCUGAAGGUCUUGGUGACUCAUUGCAUCUACUCUAUGAUACCAGGCAGACCUUUGUGACUGUCAUUUACAGACUGGUCAGUUUCCUGCCACACCCAGAGUAUCUUCAAUCUCACUCUCACAGAGCUACUGAAUUACAAAUGAGAAAAUUGAGCAAAUAAUGUACUCACAAGAAAAGUUAGCUGCCUUCAGUUAACAACACACUUUCUUGCACACUUAUGGGUGGUGAAGGUCUCCAUCUACCUGCAUGCAUUGAGACAAACUAUCCUCUUUAAACACCCCCUAUUCUCUCUCCAGGUUCCACCAUGGCCAUCUCUGUCCAGUGUCCUGACAAGAGAUACGUGGUCAUCCUGUUCCAGCCGGUCACGCUCACCUGCAACUUCCAGACGUCUUCCACGCAGCCACCCGUCAUCACCUGGAAGUACAAGUCCUACUGCAGGGACCCCAUCCAGGCAGCCCUGAACCCCAGCAGCGCUGACAACGUCCUGUCCCAGAACAACCCUAACUACAACGCCAACAUCGAGUGUGCCGACAGCAUGCGGACAGUGCGCAUUGUGGCCUCCAAGCAGGGCAGUGCUGUCACCCUGGGCCAGGAGUACCAGGGGCGCAAAGUCAGCAUCUUGAACAGUGAGUUUGGCUUUUAGUGAUUUCAAAUGUGGUGUGUGUGUGGGCGGGCCGUGCACACCGGUGUGUGUGUGUAUGUGUUCCUGUCUCUCUCUGUGUCUGUGUGUUACUUCCAUUACAAGGCUCCUAUAUCACAGUGAGUCUUGUCUGUUGCCAGUGUCCCUUCCUCAAACCCACCCUACUUGUCUCUUUAGACGCAGACCUGAACCUUGCCCAGACGGCGUGGGGAGACAGUGGCGUGUACGUGUGCUCUGUGGUGUCUGCUCAGGAUCUGACAGGGAACAGCGAGGACUACACUGAGCUCAUAGUGCUGGGUGAGUGGCGUCUAUCCUCACAAACCCUUCUUAGAGCUCCCCUGACCUGCCGUCAUCUUCCACUAUUCCACCACCACCCCUCCAUCUCUCUACCAAGUCCUAUACCACUGCUCCUCACAGAACUGCUGUCCUAUGAGGAACAAUCACUUGUUUACUCUGUGUUGGUUUCCCCUUAGUUCGCUUUGGUUUAUUUGUUGAGUUAGCUGGACACCAUGUGGAGCAACACAAAAUCUUAUAGCGGUAACAAUCAAAUGUAAAAUUAUCUUGAAAAUCCAAUUUUCAGGCAGUUCCACAAUUUCCAAAUUUGCUAUUUGACUCCUGGUUGUGCUUAAUGAGACUGCAUCCCUCAAGGCUCAGUGAAGUUUCUCCGGAAGGAUCCAUGACUUCCAUUUUGAAGUGAUUCAUGAACCACUUAGCAGGGAAUUCUAAGAAGGACAAGUUGAUGUGAGGGAGACUCUAGAGGGCAAAGGUAUAGUCAUUUACUAGAAAGAUAGUUGGGGCUUUUUAAAAUAAUUGUGGCUUUCCUUCUUUCACAGAGAGAAAGUCAAAUACCACUGAUCUCCUGCCUGAGAUUGACUUACUGGUUAUGGAAGGUACUUUCCAAUUUGCCCCUUAUAUUCAGUAGAGCCCAACCUAGCCUAAGCCAUGAUUGUUAGGGUAAUAUGUAAACUAUGUCACUGUAUAGGUUCAGUUUCUGGAGAAUAAUAUUUGGCCUGGACCCUCUUGCAAAUACCUCACAGCUUUGAACGAGACAACAUAUAGUCAGUGUGGUUAGAACAUGUAGAGUCAGAGAAGCAGCCUCCCUUGAUAAAGGCAGACAAAACUAAAGUUUUGCUGGUUUGAGUUAUCAAGCUUGUUGAUGUUUUUAUCAAGGUAGUUUGUGCAAUGAUUUUGGCUCUACUAAAUCAAGCCUCUCAGUUUGUCAUUUUUUUUUUUUUUACAUUACACCACCUUCAAGGUCUACAUUUGGAAUGAGGAACCACAUUGAACCACAUCUCAAAGUAGUGCUCAGCAGAAAAGCCACCAAAAAACUCCUCUUUACUAUUAUCUUGUUUGGACUUGUCCUUGCAUGUGAAGUCCCCUCACAACAAUUUAAAAAACAGAUUAUGAGAAAAUGUGUAACCCCUGAAAUAUAAAAUUAGUUGGUUGCAUGGAAUAAAAUGUUACAUUCAACUCUAACAUGUUUUUUCUCUUCUUCAUGGUUGAGACCGCAAAACUCUCAGCAGAACAUAAUGCUAGCCCUAAAGACUGACAUUGUUGCAAUAUGAGGCCACUCAGCACAUAGCUCUGGUCUGUUUUGUGUUGACUCAAACUGCACAUGAACUCUUUUUCAGUCAGACUGCAGCCUAUGACAUUUAUAGGAGAGUUGGGGUUUAAGUUAAUAUAUCCUCUUUCAGUAUAUUAGCAUAGAUUGUUUUCACAUCCCGUGCAGCUAGCUCUCUAAUCUGACAGAAUGACUCACUGAAACCCAGUGUUUGAAAAAAAGGAAAACUGAAACCUGUCUUAUCUGGUUUCUCUGAUGUCUGAAAUGAACAUGUCGUGUAGAUGCUCCAAUGUUUACUGCUUGUCAUUGUGAGUUUUCACACAAUACAUACUGUAGCUUUGCAUACUAGACUGAUAAUUGGACUAGCCAAGCUACAGGUUCUAAAACGAAUGUGUUUCUUUUUCUAUAUUAGUGCUCUGUUCUCCAGUGUUCUUGAAAGACUUGUAAAUUGUCAUUUUCUUGUCCACAUCUUUGAAGAUAUUAGCUUUGUCAAGUUGGCUUUUUGAACAGUAGAAGUCCUCCACUUCUCAGCUAGAACUGCAUGAACAAGUGCUAUGUAAAUACAGAAACGUUAAUAUGCAACCACGCUGAUAGUCACCCAGAGAACGCAGAGGAUAUGUUUAAUUUUGACUGAAUGGCACACACAUUAGCUUGCCUAUACAUACAUAAUUAUAAUCUCUCUCUCUCUCUACUCUCUCACUCUCUCUCUCUCUCCCUCUACUUUCUCUAUUCCCCCUCUACUCUUUCUCUGUCUACAGACUGGUUGUUGGUGGUACUGGUAGUGUUUGGCUUCCUGCUGCUGUUGCUCCUCAUAGCGAUCUGCUGGUGCCAGUGCUGCCCCCACACCUGCUGCUGCUACAUCAGUUGCCCCUGCUGCCCUGAGAAAUGCUGCUGCCCCCGGGCACGUAAGUACCACUCUCCACCGCUCUGUGCAAAAACCACACCACCACCACCCUUAAUUGUUCCUCUUCCACUGGGCACAGAGCAUCCUGCUUCGAUGCCACCUUCACAUGAGUGUGCCCAUUCCAUUCAACCAAACUCCUUUUUCUCAUUCAGUUUCACUUUGCCAGUUUGUGACACUGGCACUGUUUACCUUUUAUUUGCCAUUCUCAUGUACAUAUUAUUUAUACAGCUUGUGCUGCUACUCUUAUCUUCAUAGAAAGACAUAUAGGUUUUGCUCGUGCACAACACACUGGUUGUAUUGAAUUUCAUCAUGACUUACAAUGAAACACAUUUUAACAGGCAAAUGAAGUAAAACCUGGUAAAUGAAGUAAGCCCUCCACAAUAUGUAUUUCCAGUAUGCUACCUAACUGCAACAUUAAUGCAUCGUAACACGGUGAACGGACUCCUCUCAAUUCAGUGUACGAAGCAGGCAAGGCGGCGAAGUCAGGCGUCCCCAGCCACUACGCCCCCACGCUCUAUGCCCCCAGCAUGUACGCCCAGCCACCCUACGGAGGGGGCAUGCAACAGCCCGGCAUGCCCAUGCUGCCCCUACCCCAGGGGAUGGGUGGCCCCCCACUACACCCCAACGGCUACGGACGGGAGUACGACGGUGCCAGUUCAGGUGACUACAGCCUCCCUCCAGUUUUAACAUGACAAUUAGCUCGGAUAAAAUAACUUUUAUGCGUGAAUUUCGCUUCUCAGUUUUGUGUGGAUUGAUGAUCGUCUUGCUCUCAGAUCUUAGUACUGCACAUUUUCGCAGCCAUGUGGUUUUCAACGCUGGCGUGAGGAACCUUUUGUUGAUAAAUCUCUUUUUUUGUUUUCUGUUUGUAGUUGGACAGGGCUCCCAGGUGCCUUUGCUGCAUGACCAGGAACAGUGGCGCAGGAGACCAAAGUGAGUAGUUAAAACGGUUACUAGCAAAUCCUCAAUCUGUUUUGAUUAUUUGUGAUAAUACAUAAAAGUCUAACAAGAGCUAUAGCUCGCGGGCUGAGAAAUAUCAGCAUAUUUCAUCUCUUCACCAGGGUUGGGCUCAUUUCCAUUUCCAUUCAGUGAAUUCACAAAGUAAACUGAAAUUCCCAUUCUAAUUUUCCUCAUUGUUUUUCAAAGGAAUUUUUGUUUACUUCCUGAAUUGAAUGGAUUGAAAUUGAAUUCAGACCAACCCUGCUUGUCACAAUGUGUCAUGGUUUACUCCCUCCUCCUCAGCUCGGAGCGGCUACCGUAUCCAGGUGGACCCAGAUGGGAACGCUACGCGGGCCAUCUACUACAUGGAGAAACAGUUAGCCAACCUGGACCUCACCCGGUCUGGUGACGCCGCUGGGAAGUACAACCGCUGUGAGUCUUACACAUAAACACACCCAUGUGAACUGUACUGUACUUCAAAGUUCGGGGCCUGUAAUCACAAAGAGCCUCAGAGUAGGAGUGCUGAUCUAGGAUCAGUUUAACCUUUUAGAUUACAAUAGCCAGGCGGGACCUCUGAGAAGCUAUUUGAAUAUGGUCCCUAGGCUCAUCCAUCAGUUCAAUGUUGUGUUUUAUGAGGGUUGUUCAAGUGAAAGGGGGAAAGUGUUCGUUCAUUUCACAUGGAGCCUUCAACUGGCUUCAACUUUAAUGUGUUGUAAUGUUCUUUGAUAGUGCUUUUUAACUCUGACUCGCGGUUGAUCUCUCUCUCUCUGUCUCUCUUGUGCAUUUCCCCAUCGUCUUAAUUUUUCCUUCUCCUCUCCCCCCAUCUCUAUCUCUCUUUCUCAGUGGAUGGGGUGAUGAGUGAGGUCAGCUCCCUACACGAUGAUCCCCGGGGCCGUGGCGGGGGCCGCUCCCAGGCCCCGCCCCUUGCCACCGUGUACGACCAGGACGAGGCCAUGAGCACCAUCAGCAGCGUGUCCACGCACGGCCAGCGGGGGCGUGACGACUACCCGCGGCGAGGAGGUGGACCCUCCCCCCACUUGGGGGACCAGGGACGCGCCCGCUCCAUGGACAACCUGGAUGACAUCGCCCGCCGAGACCGCUACCCCAGAGACCCCCGGGAUCCCCGCGACGACUACCCUCCCCACCGCCGUGACGGAGGAGGAGCCAGAGACAGGAGAGGGUGAGGCUCUUAUCUGGCACCUCUCACUCUUUCUCCUUUUACCUUACAUUACUUCCCUACGUAUUUCUAGUGCGUGAACCUUACCUCUCAGCGGUCAAAUCUGGGGAAGAUAAUUAUUCGACCAAGUUGUUUACCCACUGUUUUUUCUCCUCUCAGCUCGGAUGAUGACUUUAGCAGCCGCGGCCAUGACCGCGGCCGUGACUUUGACGACCGCAGACGACGCGAGCCCUCCCCCGACGACCGUCACCGCGGAGGCAGCCCGGCCAGCGGUCUCCAGGGGAGACGCAGCCGUAGCCGUGACGACUUGAUGGCCGUCGAACGUGAGCGCAGUGGCGGCCGUGGCGGUGGGCGGGAUGCCUAUGAUGAUAGCUUUCUGCGGGAAGCCAUGGAGAAGAAACGUCUAGGUGAGCAGCAGAGGGCGAGGAGCCGCGAUCGCCUGGACAGCGACAGCGAACGCUCGGACCGAGGCAGGGCCCCCCGUGGACCCCCUCCACUCCCCAUGUCACCGCCCUCUGCCUUCCCCGACCGUCGUUACGACGACAACUACCUAGCCCCUCCCCCACCUCCCUACAUUAGCGAUGACGAGAGCUUGACGUCCUCCAAGAAGAGCAACCUGCGCAAGGUCAGUCAGUCAUCACAGGGUUCUGCAAAUGGGCAUUGAGCAUUCAGGGUGCAACUCAAGGCCACAGCGUUGUUUACUGCAUUGCCAAAAUGCCUCAUUGAUUGUUUCAUUCAUAGAACUACUUUCAUCAACAUAGUUAAAGGCAUACUUCGGGAUUUUGGCAAUGAAGACCUUUAUCUAUUUCCCCAGAGUCAGAUGAACUCGUGGAUGCCCUUUUUAUGUCUCUGCGUGCAGCUUGAAGGAAAAGCUAGCAUGCUGUUCCCAUAACAAUUCAGUCAUUGCGCUAACGCUAGUUAGCAUUUGCUCGCGAAAGUACCUGUAAUUUCCUUCAUACAGGAUGCAGAGACAUAAAAAUGGUAUCCACAAGUUUUACCUAAACAUCAGACUGUUACCAUGGUUAUUCCAUGGAUAAUCAGUCAAAGAGAAAAAGACGCAAUAGUCUCUACAAGCCAGAAUGUUGACUAAAAUUGUUGUCCGUGCUAUUGGUCCUUUUGCCGGAAGGUAGCGGAGAUCCAAUGUCCACAGUAAAGUAUUGUUUACCCAACUUUUUGCGGCACCGGUAGGUUUAUGUCGCAUGUAUUUUCCGUCUCCUGAUGCGUUUCACGUGAUGCACAAUAUGUAAAGAAUAGUAACUUAACGUUGUCGGCAUCCCCUCACAAUUCCCUCACAAUCAGCUGGAAGUGCUUGUGAAAUUUGCCAGCUGAUUGCGUGGGACAACGUUCGGUCUGCGCUUCGUUUAAGCUCGGCCAUUGUUGACAUAUUGUGCAAGUAGCGUGCGAAUUGCAUCAUUAUUGAAACUACAAACUGGAAAUACAAACUGAUAUACAGACCAGCAUACUGAAAGUCGGGUUAAUAACAAUACUCUGGAUAUUCUUUGUCUGACAGAAUCAGCGGACAACAGGUAAACGACGUUCAAAUGAAGUUUAUUCAACAUUCUGACUUGUGAUGGGACUGUUCCACAAAAAGGGAGCCUAUAUGUUAGACGAGAGAAGAGUCUUCUGCUCUCGGAUUCAAAGAGGCUACCAUGAGUAGAUAAAAGGCUUCAUUGCCAAAAUACCGAAGUAUCCCUUUAAUGCUAGUUACAAAAAUUGUAUAAUCAUAUUUAGCAGAAAAAAGAAAAAGUCCAGAUUCUGGUUUUGCCAGAAUUGUGGUGGUAUGUUUUAGCGGGUUUUUCACAUAUGUAUGCUUGUUGUCUGAUUGUAAUGCUUCUAGUACAGUACCAGGCCAACUCAUCAUUCUGUUUGUUUCGACUCUUUCUUUUCUGACAGAAUGGAGCCGUGAGUCGGGAGAGUCUGGUGGUGUGAGACGUUCGAUAAUCCCCAGCGUAACUGAUCUGUCCCUUAACUCAAUCACCAGUCGUCUAUGUAAAUAGUACUAAUGUUGCAAACUUGCUACAGUGAUUUUAUAUCCAAUACCUAAACUCAGAUAUCAAAAUUUGGCGCUGGAUAUUUAUGUACAGAAUAGCUCUAACUGAAGAGCUAAGUGUAAUGUGUGGUUGAACAUACCAAGGCUUAAUUAAAGUAGCCUACACUGGAAUGGCAGUUGCCAAAGUAAACCAAAAAUGGUUUUCAAUCGCUCUUUUUAACCAUUUCAUUUUCAUCUUACAGUCAAUGUGAGUAAGAUUCUAAAGCAAGUAUUCAUUUGAACUUUUCAUUAUUUACUGCGAGAAGUCAUGGAUUUUUUUGUUAUUAGAUUAGAAUUAGAUCAUGCUGUACAUUU